UCUUUCGAGAGGAGAGAAAAGAGAGAGAGAGAGAGAGAGAAGGAGCGUGCGCGCGCGCGCGCAUCGGCGAAACGGAGCAAGAGAGGAAAGUAAGGAGACAAAUAGAGGAAAAAGGAGAGCCACGCGUGGAGCGGCGUGGAGAACGUGGGCGUUGAGUGAUUGUUGUCGGUGCUAGUUUCCAUCGGGAGUCAUGAGAGACACGAGCGAUAUGAUGGAGGACGCCCUGUCGGAGGAUACAAUGAUGGACUGUGGAGGGGAUAGCGGAGAAGAUAGCGGAGGAUUGGAGGACUUUGUCAACUUAGCCACUGACAUCACGGAUAAUUCACGUACAAUACGAGAUGCCGCCGAACGGUUACUGACCUUGUUAGGCAUGGACGAAGACGAUGAGGAUCUUCAGUCGUCGGAAGAGGACGAGGGUGUUGAGGUGGACAUCGACGAGUUCGAGGAAGAUGACGAGGAAACGGAUAAUACCGAAUUGCUGCAUCAACUUGCCGCCUCCCUAGCCCAGGAACUCAAGUACUCCCAGAAACAAUCCUCGAGCAACAGAGUGGCGUAUCAAGAUCAAAGUACGAUGCGCAACGUGGAGAUGCUGCAGGAUACGAGUUAUCUCGGCCGCGGUUGCCUUCAGGACCAAGUGGACCAUUCAAAAACAUCCGUUCGUCAAAAUGAUUUCGGUCACGAUCUCGACUUUUUCGACGACCUCGAUGAGCAAAACGCGAAUUUCACAAAGUUUACAAACUUCGGGAACUUUUGUCAGGAAGCGCAUGGUCGAACCUUCGAUUCUUCGAGCUUAGAUCACCGCCUGUGGUCGAACGAUUCAGCGUCCACGCAGGCUGGAAAGUCCUUCGGCAGCCAACAGGAGCGGAAUCCCGAUUCCUGGACGGCAGGAUGGGACGCUUGCGCCACCGAGGCUGUCCGAUAUCUCGUCGAAGACGAGGGCCUACCGCUUCAUCAUCCCACUGUUAUCGCCAUGAAGAAUCACUUAGAUCUGCAGAGGGAGAGAGCGUUCACUCAAUACACCGAGUAUACGGACGCCAAGUCGCAGGACAUGAGUCUGCUUCUGGAUUGAUGAGGCUUCAACAUUAAGGUAGAGAGCGAUUAAAUUUAUUACUUAUGCGACGUAUCUCGUUAAAGAAUUUUCGAGAGAGAAAUCUGAGGUAAAUUAAUCUUAUUAUUUAAAAUAAAGCGAGCAUAAGGACGUGGCGUGUUGUGUAAUCGUUUGCGCAAGACAAUUCGCUUUCUUACAUUUUUCUCCUUCAUCCGUUGGAAGGAAAAUUUUAAUUUUUUUCAGUUAUAAAGAUUUAUUUAACAUCGUAAAUAAUUCGAUUAUUAUCCGCCCUCCUUGAUUUUUCUAUCUUUCUACAUUGCUGAGAAUUGAUUAAUUGGAUAUAGUUAUUAAUUCGAUAUAUCAUUAUUUUUGUUGAAACAUUGCGUUGAUUGUUAGACAUACGUUCAGACUGAAGCGUCAGUUUGACGCUUACUCGCAGACGCUGCGAGUCUGUUUUCACCUUUCGACCUUAUAAUUUCGAAUAAUGAGCGUUCAUACGCUGGAUCGAUAUGGACGCUUUCUUUUUGUAACGAAAUGUUGAAAAUAUUAAAAUUCAUCAACAAACGUCUUAAAUCAAUUAAGAUGUCUCUUUUUCUAUUUUUGUUUUCAAAAAGAUGAUAGUUAAUUCCUAACGAUACUUCCCGAGAAGACGGCUUCGGGCAUCAUUAAAAAAAAAUACUUCUAGCAGUUAGAAUCAUCGAACUGUAGAGAAACACGUCCGGCAAAUCACAACUAGAAUUAUCUUAAAACAAAUUCCUAGGUUAAUCUAUCAUAACUAAAAAAAGUGAUCGAAAAAAAGUUAAACUACGAUAAGCGGGAUAACAGAGAAAAGAAAACGUUAAGUACUUGAUACGUGAAAGAAGUGAGAUAAGUAUCGGUGAUCGCCGACAGAAUAUUGCAAAAUAUCGUUUUUGGUUGUUACGGGAAGUGAAUUUUUACAUUUUCGAAAUUACUUUUAUAUAAUAAAAAUAAUAAGAAAAAAGAGACAACUAUAAUUAUUUAUAAAUUAUGUUUACAAAUAAUUUUUUUUUAAGCGAUUUAAGAAAUCGAUUUUUUUUUUUUAAUUGUUGCACGUUCUGCCGGCGAUUAUGCGCGAAACGAUUUUUUAGUCGGAUCGUAUACGAAGAAAUUGGUUACAGUGUCGACAAUAGGAAAGAGAAACGUUUUAGCCCCGAAAAUAUUGUAUAUAAUUCGGAUUAGGCGAGAGACGACGAGAGCUCAGAGAUUUAGAUAGGAACUUAUUCGGUCGUAGAUUAGCGAAUAUUUAUUUGUGAAAGAAAGACGGCAUGGAAGAGGUCUCCGAUGAGUCAUUUAAUUCAGAUGCUCUGACGCGUGUUUUUCUUCUUAAUACGUAAACCCUCGCGUGAGGUUCAAACUGACGCAAGCUGUAAAUUUACCAACUAGAUAAAUACAUUACGUAACAAAAUAUUUUCAAAUAUACGUAUUUCUUUUAAUGUCUAACGUUUGAAAAUUAUUAUUUUAUCUUUAAAAUUUUUGAGCGAGUCUCAAUUUAUAAUUACUUGUAAACAAAAAGAAACUAAAAACAGUUAAAAAAUGUCGCCAUUGCUAACGGACUAACAACGUUAAUGGUAUCAUAAUAUGGGUGGUUUGGUUUAGAGUAAUGCUGUGUUUAAAUAAUAACGCAUGUUGGCCAUCUGCGAAAGCUCAUCGUGAGACCUCAGAAAUUUCCAUCUUAAUCGUUAUUUAGAUCGUACGAUCGCGUCAUUUCUCAUGUAUGAGAAAUUGAUCAGGAUCGUGCAUCGAUUGCAGCGUAAACGUUGAAUCGAUCCUGCGUUAAUAAAAAGAGCGAAAGCAAAUUGAAACGACAUAAAUGAAACUGAUCGUCGCCAGUGAUUCAGGAUCGACGAUCGACCUCGAUCGUGCGUCACUUGUCGAAGAAUCUUCAAAGAGACUUUACGUCGUGAUCGAUCGAAUGCGAAGGAUCGAGAUACGACUGUGAAGUGGAUACUGCGAAGAAACUUUUAAGAUAUUUUUUUUUCCUCGCGCGAGAUUUUUCUUUUCACGGGAAGUAGUCGUAUGCUCUUCCCACGCGACCGAAUAGUAAGCUGUACAUAUGUAUGAUAUCGUUUUAACUUAUACACGACUAUUGUUACUUUUACAAUAAAGCUCUGUAGAUAACAUUGACCAGUAAAUAAACGACCGCUAAAUUAAUUAAGCCCGUCGUCUCGUUCUCGUCAUCCCAGUCCUUAAACUUAAACUUGGCCGAAUCGUUCAUUAAGCGUUCAUUAAGCGCCGCGAAAACUGUACUUAUUAGACAUUUACUAGAAAUCUGAUUUGAAUUACUUUUCAAUCGGAUUUUAACGAAUCAAAUCAGGGGCACAAUUUGAAAUUUAUUUAAAAUUUUGUCACACCGAACAUUGUGUGUAUGUCGCGUUCACAUGAUGAUAUAAAUGUAACAUUUUUAUAAUAAAAUGGCAAGUUUUUAAUAA